ACUGGUUGGUAAUAUAUUGUAGAAGGAAUUCUAGGAUUUGCUCUUAACUUUAACAUUGCAAUAGUAAUCGUAAUGAAAUUGUUGGUCAAAAGAGAAACAGAUCAUGGUUUUGUUAGUGAAAAGAGUAAAACGUUUAUAAAGGUAGAGAUAAAUGGAACCAGCAAAAGUGAAAUAGGCUAGAGCGGUAAGUCUCCAUCUUUUUUACUGUAACACAAAUGAAUGACAUUGAUAAGUAUACUACAUGUUGCUUUGCUAAUACCUACAGUUAUGUGAGAUUUUCAUUUCCUUUGCUAUAAUUCUGUCCUCUUCUCUACUCAAGAAACCAUGCCCAAAAUCAAAUGAUGCUAUAAGGAUAACUGCUUUUUUUAUUUGUUUAAAAAAGUGACUCAUGAACUUCAGGUACUUUUACUUUUGAUGCUUAUUACAACUAAUACAGUGGUUGAAAACUGAGUUAAAGGACACUAGUGCAGGUAAAUGAGUCGGAAUCGACUCGACGGCACUGAGGUGACUGGGUAGUGCAGGUAGAGGUCUGAAAUCAAGGAAGGGUUAGUCGAUGCAAUGGGCAAUACAUGGUGACAAAGCCUAAGAAAAGAUCCUCCAGCAGCAAACCCUCUGGAUAUCCCGUCUCAGAGAAACAAAGAUCAGUCAUGUACUCUUUCUCUGGAUUUAGUGGAUUUAGGGUAAAGUUUAAAUUAAUCUGCUCUAGAGCUUUUUUUUUAGAGCUUAAUUUAAACUCCAUUCUUUUUAUGUACGUUAUCAGACGUUGAAAGAACCCUGGUGGCACAGUAAUUAAAACACUAGGCUGCUAAUUGAAAGGUCGGUAGUUCAAACUCAGCAGCUGUUCCGUGGAAGAAAGACGUGGCAGUCUGCUUUUCUAAAGAUUUACAGCCUCGGAAACCCUGUGGGGCAGUUCUAGUCUGUCCUGUAGGGUCUUUAUGAGUCAGAAUCAACUCGGCAGCAGUAGGUUUGGUUUAUUUGAUGUUGGGACCUACCCGUGGAUCUCGUGCCGAGAGCUUUCCUUUUGCUAGGAACGCUCACCUUUCUCAGAGUCUGUGUGUCUUUAUGAUUUUCUUGUCUGUGAUUCAGCCUAAAACUUUUGGUUUUGAUUUUUACUCUGUGAUGGCAUCUAAGGUCCUUCUAGAUCUAAACAUGAGUUUUAUCUUAGCCCAGAAAAGCCAAGGGACCUUGGGUAAAUCACUUGCUUUUUUGUUACCUCCCCCCAGGUUACAAAGUAUUACACAAAUAAAGUCAGGUGGUUUUACUGAUUUUCUCUUUGUAGUUUUGGUUUAAAAAAAAAAAAAAAAAUGUGUGGCUACAGCAAGUUUACCAGUUGCGGUUGGGUCAGCUCCAACUCAUGGCAACUGCUGUGUGUUAGAGUAGAACUGUGCUCUACAGGGUUUUCAGUGGCUGAUUUUUCAGAAGUAGAUUACCAGGCCUUUUUUCAGAGGUGCCUUUGGGUGAACUCAAACCUCCAGCCUUUCGGUUAGCAGCCAAAUGUGUUAACUGUUUGUACUACCCGGGGAGUCAAUAGCAGGUUUAUCCUCCUCCUAAGUUUUCAAAAUAUAGUUUGUUUUAUUUUUUAAUUAUUUUAGGUUUGCCUUGUAAUUUGGUUUUCUGACUAGCUUAUCAUUUAAUGUUUUAUCUGUGGUAUAAUGUGUGUUUCAUCCGUGAAGAUGAAUACAUUUACUGAAAACCUAAUCUGAGAUUUUCAGUUAAAGAAGUGGCGUAUAAUAGGCAUUUAACUUUGUUCCGUGCCAAAAGUAUGCUAAAAUGACUGUAGGAGACUUUUUAAGAAGCCAUAAAUCCACAAGGGAGAAGAGAAAGCCACAGCAAAAUUUUGGAAGGAGCUGGCUGAGUGCUACCUGGCUUAGUAGACACAGAAAACUGAAUCAUAAGUCAGUAAUAGAAAAGCCCCAAAGCAACUCAGUGUAUAUUACAGAAUCCCCAGAGUUUGAGGAAACUAGGUGAUAGUGAGAGGAAAACCAGAGAGCUAACUGGAAGUUUAAGAAUUUGAUACCCAGAUCCCUUUCCUCACUCCCUGCAGCUCGGUGACCCCCUCUUCCUCCAUCCUUGCGGAAGACUGGAAGCUUAUUUUCUGGAAAAGGCUAAGCAUGUUGGGGAACACCAGGCACGGUUGACAACCAGGGUACCACACUGAAACUAAAUAUAUGCAUCUCAUGAUUGAUAUGAAGAAACUAGUCAUGGGCCAAAGGUCAAGAUACUUCUCUGGGAAAUGUUGCUGCUGAUGCUGCUUUAUAAAGUGAUACAAUGAGUGUUUGGUUUAAGGAAGAUUUUCAUAUUUAAAAGAUUUUCAUCUUGGAACUAUAUCAAGUGAAAAUUAGAUUCUUUUGGGAAACAUUUUCCUCCUAAUAAGUUAUACUUGUAAUGGGCGAUAUGGCAAACAACUCAGUUUCAUAUGGUGGUGUGAAAAACUCUUUGAAGGAAGCUAAUCAUGAUGGAGACUUUGGAAUUACCCUCGCGGAACUGCGAGCUCUCAUGGAGCUCAGAUCCACAGAUGCAUUACGGAAAAUACAGGAAAGCUAUGGAGACGUCUAUGGAAUUUGCACCAAGUUGAAAACAUCUCCCAAUGAAGGUUUAAGUGGAAAUCCUGCAGAUAUAGAAAGAAGAGAAGCAGUGUUUGGAAAGAAUUUUAUACCUCCUAAAAAGCCAAAAACUUUUCUUCAAUUAGUAUGGGAAGCAUUACAAGAUGUUACUUUAAUUAUAUUAGAAAUUGCAGCCAUAGUAUCACUGGGCCUUUCUUUUUAUCAACCUCCAGAAGGGAAUAGUGCACUUUGUGGAGAAGUUUCUCUUGGGGAGGAAGAAGGUGAAGGUGAAACUGGUUGGAUUGAAGGAGCUGCAAUCCUUUUGUCAGUAGUGUGUGUGGUAUUAGUAACAGCUUUCAAUGACUGGAGUAAGGAAAAACAGUUCAGAGGUUUGCAGAGUCGAAUUGAACAAGAACAGAAGUUCACUGUCAUCAGGGGUGGUCAGGUCAUUCAGAUACCUGUAGCUGACAUUACCGUUGGGGAUAUUGCUCAAGUGAAAUAUGGUGAUCUUCUUCCAGCUGACGGCAUACUUAUUCAAGGCAAUGAUCUUAAAAUUGAUGAAAGUUCGUUGACUGGUGAAUCUGAUCACGUUAAGAAGUCAUUAGAUAAAGACCCUUUACUUUUAUCAGGUACUCAUGUAAUGGAAGGCUCUGGAAGAAUGGUAGUUACAGCUGUAGGUGUAAAUUCUCAAACUGGAAUUAUCUUUACCUUACUUGGAGCUGGAGGUGAAGAGGAAGAAAAGAAAGAUGAGAAGAAAAAGGAAAAGAAAAAUAAGAAACAAGAUGGAGCUAUCGAGAAUCGCAACAAAGCAAAAGCCCAAGAUGGUGCAGCCAUGGAAAUGCAGCCUUUGAAGAGUGAAGACGGUGGAGAUAGUGAUGAAAAAGACAAAAAGAAAGCAAAUUUGCCAAAAAAGGAAAAAUCCGUUUUACAGGGGAAACUUACAAAACUGGCUGUUCAGAUUGGCAAAGCAGGUCUGUUGAUGUCUGCCAUCACGGUUAUCAUCCUAGUAUUAUAUUUUGUAAUUGAUACAUUCUGGGUUCAGAAGAGACCAUGGCUUGCUGAGUGUACACCGAUUUACAUACAAUAUUUUGUGAAGUUCUUCAUUAUCGGAGUCACAGUUUUAGUGGUAGCAGUGCCGGAAGGUCUUCCACUUGCGGUCACUAUCUCACUGGCUUAUUCAGUCAAGAAAAUGAUGAAAGAUAAUAACUUGGUAAGGCAUCUGGAUGCUUGUGAAACCAUGGGAAAUGCUACAGCCAUUUGUUCAGAUAAAACAGGAACAUUGACAAUGAACAGGAUGACAGUUGUCCAAGCUUACAUAAAUGAAAAACAUUAUAAAAAGGUUCCUGAACCCGAAGCUAUUCCACCAAAUAUUCUGUCCUAUCUGGUAACAGGAAUUUCUGUGAACUGUGCUUAUACAUCAAAAAUAUUGCCACCAGAGAAAGAGGGUGGAUUACCUCGUCAUGUUGGUAAUAAAACUGAAUGUGCCUUGUUGGGACUUCUUUUGGAUUUAAAACGGGAUUAUCAGGAUGUUAGAAAUGAAAUACCAGAAGAAGCACUGUACAAAGUCUACACCUUCAAUUCUGUUAGGAAGUCCAUGAGUACUGUCUUGAAAAAUUCAGAUGGAAGUUUUCGAAUAUUCAGCAAGGGUGCCUCUGAGAUAAUUCUGAAAAAGUGUUUCAAAAUCUUGAGUGCUAAUGGUGAGGCAAAAGUAUUCAGACCAAGGGACCGUGAUGAUAUUGUAAAAACUGUGAUUGAACCUAUGGCAUCGGAAGGCUUGAGAACCAUGUGUCUUGCAUUCAGAGAUUUCCCAGCAGGAGAACCAGAACCAGAGUGGGAUAAUGAAAAUGAUAUUGUCACCGGCCUCACAUGCAUUGCUGUUGUGGGAAUUGAAGAUCCUGUGAGACCUGAGGUACCAGAUGCAAUAAAGAAAUGCCAGAGGGCUGGAAUUACUGUGCGGAUGGUUACCGGUGAUAAUAUUAAUACUGCUCGGGCUAUUGCUACCAAAUGUGGCAUUUUACACCCUGGGGAAGAUUUCCUAUGCCUAGAAGGUAAAGAUUUCAACAGAAGAAUACGAAAUGAAAAAGGAGAGAUUGAGCAGGAGCGGAUAGACAAGAUUUGGCCAAAACUUCGAGUACUUGCAAGAUCAUCUCCUACUGACAAACAUACACUGGUUAAAGGUAUAAUUGACAGCACUGUCUCAGAACAACGCCAGGUGGUAGCUGUAACUGGUGAUGGUACGAAUGAUGGCCCGGCACUAAAGAAAGCAGAUGUUGGAUUUGCAAUGGGUAUUGCUGGAACUGACGUAGCUAAAGAAGCAUCUGAUAUUAUUCUCACAGAUGACAACUUUACGAGCAUUGUUAAAGCAGUUAUGUGGGGACGAAAUGUCUAUGACAGCAUCUCAAAAUUCCUUCAGUUCCAGCUUACUGUUAAUGUAGUAGCAGUGAUUGUUGCUUUCACGGGUGCCUGUAUUACUCAAGAUUCACCGCUUAAGGCUGUGCAGAUGCUGUGGGUAAACCUCAUAAUGGAUACACUCGCUUCCCUGGCUCUGGCAACUGAACCACCCACUGAGUCUCUCUUGCUUCGGAAACCUUACGGUAGAAAUAAGCCUCUCAUCUCACGCACGAUGAUGAAGAAUAUUUUGGGUCAUGCAUUCUAUCAACUUGUGGUAGUCUUUACACUCUUAUUUGCUGGAGAAAAAUUUUUUGAUAUUGAUAGUGGAAGAAAUGCUCCUUUGCAUGCUCCUCCUUCGGAACAUUAUACUAUUGUUUUUAAUACCUUCGUGCUGAUGCAACUUUUCAAUGAAAUAAAUGCCCGGAAAAUUCAUGGCGAAAGAAAUGUGUUUGAAGGAAUCUUUAAUAAUGCCAUCUUCUGCGCGAUUGUUUUAGGGACUUUUGUGGUACAGAUAAUAAUUGUGCAGUUUGGUGGAAAACCUUUCAGUUGUUCAGAACUUUCAAUAGAACAGUGGCUAUGGUCAAUAUUCCUAGGAAUGGGAACGUUACUCUGGGGCCAGCUUAUUUCAACAAUUCCAACUAGCCGUUUAAAAUUCCUAAAAGAAGCUGGUCAUGGGACACAAAAGGAAGAAAUACCUGAGGAAGAAUUAGCAGAAGAUGUUGAAGAAAUUGAUCAUGCGGAAAGGGAGUUGCGGCGUGGCCAGAUCUUGUGGUUUAGAGGUCUGAACAGAAUCCAGACACAGAUUCGAGUGGUGAAUGCAUUUCGUAGUUCUUUAUAUGAAGGGUUAGAAAAACCGGAAUCAAGAAGUUCGAUUCACAACUUCAUGUCACAUCCUGAGUUUAGGAUAGAAGAUUCAGAACCCCAUAUCCCCCUUAUUGAUGACACUGAUGCUGAAGAUGAUGCUCCUACAAAACGUAACCCCAGCCCUCCGCCCUCUCCCAACAAAAACAACAACGCCGUUGACAGCGGGAUUCACCUCACCAUAGAAAUGAACAAGUCUGCUACCUCUUCAUCCCCAGGAAGCCCACUACACAGUUUGGAAACAUCGCUCUGAUUGUAAGCUGAAUGUGAACACACUAGCUGCAUUGUAAAGAAACAAAUCGAAACUGGGUCUUUUCACAUAUUGUGACGGACAAGAUAGUAUUCUUGUCUUUGGACUUCAACAGAAGAUACUCUUGUACGAAUGUAGAUUUAUUUUUUUAAAAAAAAGCAAAGCUUUCUGCCAGACUGAGGGUGCUUUUUGGGGGGUGGGAGAAAUGAACUGACAGAUAAACAGUAACUCAGCGUACGUGACCCGUGGACCAUCAGUACCUAAGAAUGGUCCUGAGCAGUGUAUGAGCAGAGCUUAGUUUAUCUCAGCCUUUGGUGGGCGUGAGGGAGGAGUGGAGCUGGGCAAGGCAAAAGAGCCCUGGAUCAUUGAAUUGAUACUUUAAUUUCUGCUGUUGGCUGUUAAUAAUUUGGAUUAUUUAUGUUUAUAAAUGAUACAGAUCUGUUUACAAGGUUUGUAGAUACUUUUUUUGUUCCUGUUCAUAGAUGGGAAGCUUCCUUAUAACUGAUGCAGAGAAAAAUUAGUCCUUCAAAUACUGCUGUAUUUUCAGGAAAAAAAAAGGGGGGGGGGUGUUUCUAUUGAAACUGUACUAAAUUUUUGCCUACAAUUUACCUUGUUAAAUAUUGUAGAUAAAUUGCUAAUACUAAUAGCCAAAUAGAUAACACUAAUGCUUUGUUUAAAAAAAAAAAAAAACAAAACAAAAAAACACGAGCAGUGGUGUUCUAAUGAAGUUAUGGCAUCUGUCCUAAUUAGUUUCUUAAAUACAUUUACUACUUAAUGGUUUUGAAACAACUGUUUAAUUUUUAAAGAUUUUGAAAACCUUGCUAAUAACCUUUUGUUCAGAAUUUAGUAGAUUGUUUAAUGCGGGACAUCAACUACAUAAUGAAAGAUGCUUGAAACGCUUUUGUUAUUUCAGGCAAAUCAAAUUAAAUCAAACUCUCCAACUAUAAGAGAACCUUAGUCCUUUUUGUUUUUGUCGAAACAUGUUAGUUCAGUGAUGUCUUGGUGAACUGUGAGUGAACUGUGUUGAUUUUUUUUUCCAAUCAAUCCUUAGAAACCUUCAGACAGCAUGAGGGCUGUUGGCAUUUUGAAAAAGGUUAAUAAGUACAAGCACAUGUUUUCCUUUUGUUUUUGAAACUUGUUUGUAAACAUAAAUAAAUAUGCCCUUUUAUUAAAUAAAUACACGGCAACUUUUUUUUUUUUUUUUUAAAAGAAACUUCAGCUGCUUUACUCAAUUCUGCACAUUAGUCUUUUCUGUUUAGCCACAAUUGGAAUAAAUUUCAAGAUGGUAACAGCCCUAUGAAGAACCACUUUAAUUGCUUGGUGGUAAUCUAAUAGAAUCAGAGUAAGGAAAUUACUGCAAUUUCACCAUUUGAGAUGCUCUUCAUAGAUUUAGUUUUGUGUAAAAUAGUCUCACAGUUUAAAAAAAAAAUGGUGACCACCAUUGUCUUGAUAACAUUUACUUUAAUUUUUUAAGUGGCCAAAUAACAGAUUAGGUAAAAUGAGAUUAUAUGAAAAGGUAGAAAAAGUCCUAAAAAGACAUAUUUAUUUAGACUUAAAAAUUAAUCAUAUACUGGAGUGCUCACCUCUAAGCCAACUGGAUUUGUCAGCUCUCUGUCUCUUUCCUUUAUCUGUCUACCUUCUUUUUGCCUCUGUCUUUACCCUUUAGGAACUGACAUCGUAUUAGGGCCCAGGUUUCACCAGAUAUAUUAUCCUCAGGCUGACAUGAAGUUUACGAGGACUACUACAACGUCUGAAAGUGCUGACCCAGCAAAGAAACAUCUAGUUGAUGGUGCUUGAUAUUUUUGGUGGGUGGGGGAAAAUCUUUUUCUCUCUAACAAUCCUUGCAGUAAUCCUCUGCAAUUCUUAGAAACACAUUGGCUCUGUCAGCAUUUGUGACUGUACAUUUUAUUCAUCAGGUAAUUAUAGCACAUCACACUGUAAAAAGAGGUAGCAUGAUAUGCUGAAAAGCAUACUAGGCUAGGAGUCAAGACCUGCCUUCUAGUCCUGGUUUUGCCAUUAACUUGCUGCAUGACCUUGAGAAAAUCAUUUAGCCUCAUAAAAUGAGGGCGGUGGACUAGACUAUCUUGAACCCUUUCAACUAUGAACAUUGACCCUAUCAACUGGAGAGCCUACGAGGCAUAGGGAAUAGAGAAAAGGGAAAUGUUAGUUUUACUUUUUAUUUUGGUUAUGCUUAAAUAUGAAUGUAAUUACUAAAAGAUUUAGAAGUGCAUGUGCUUUGGGGGAUUUGUAUUGAGCUUUUACAGUAUUCAUUUUUCAACUCAAGGCAAUGGCUUUUUACACCAACUCUAAUCCAUAAACGGGUCUUAUGACAUCCAUGAAGUAGUAGCAAGACAUGCUUAGUGUGUAUUUCUCUCUUUGAGACACUGUAAUUUCUACCAGAAAUUUCCAGAGCAUUAUGUAAGUAGAGAAAAAUGCAAGCAAGCUGUUAAGAUCUUGGAUCCCUUUAUAUAGUAUGUAUAGCUGAAAUCAGCCUCUGUAACUCAAUCACUUUUUCUCUUUUAUCCUCUAACCAAAAAAUUGUUUAAUUUUGCAUCCCAAAUGUUUUUAAUCUUUGUAUAUUUUUUAAAAAUCCUUGUCUCCUCAUCAUUGCCUUUUUUGUGGUUGUAUAUAGACUUACUUGCACUUUGAAGAUGAGUUACUCCUUGUCAUCUUACAAAUAUGUGAUAUGGUAAUUUUCAUAACAGAUGUCAGUUUUGAACCAAGAAAUGGUGAUUUGUUUAUAAGAAAAAAACUGGCUUCAUUUCUGUGAAAUUGCUCUUUGAAAAUUUCUUUUUACACGUGUAAGCCAACGGAGAUACCGUGAUGGUGUUGAUUUCUUUAAAUGAUGCUUACCAUCUAUUUUAGCCACUGAGCCUUUUAUUAUUUGUCUAUUUGUAAAGUUUAUUUGUCUUAACUCAUUUAAUAAAUAUACUGUUUAUCUGUU